AUGAUUAUUUGCUUUGUAGCUUAUGAUGCACUAUCAUCCCGAUUUGCCAGAAAUGAUAUGGUCGUUAGAAAUGCUAUAGAAUAUGAUUAUCCAUUCAGAUCAUUAGGUCAGAAUAUUGUCUUGCUGGGUUAUUGCGAUGGUCUGGUUUGCAUGCGGGUUUCAGAUAUGUUAUGUGUUUGGAAUCCAUGUACCAAAGAGUAUAAGGUUACACCGGAUUCACCGAAUGAAGAAAUAGAUGAAGAGACAGCUUAUGCUUUUUGUUAUGAUUCUACCAUUGAUGACUACAAAUUAUUUAAGGUUAUAGAGCUACCUGGUACUGGUAGUAUGUUUUGUUUAGUUGAUGUGUAUACGCUAGGAUCGAAUUCUUGGACAAGUAUUGAAGACAUACCUUAUUGCUUUCAUAAUGAGCAAAAAGUUGGGGUGCUUGCCAACGGAAAUUUUCAUUGGUUAGGUUGGUCAUGCAAGUUAACUGAUACCCAUGUUGUGGAGAGACUUGAAGUCAUAAUCUCUUUGGAUGUCAGCAGCGAAAGUUUCCAGGAAAUGCAAUUAGCGAAAGAACCUUUGGAGAAUGAACACAUCUUUAGGAGUCUGGGAGUGCUGGAAGGGUGUCUCUGUGUACUUUCUCAUGAUGAUUCUAAGCUUGAUCUGUGGGUAAUGCGGGAUUAUGGAGUGCAGGGUUCUUGGACUAAACAUUUUGGCAUUAUGAACAGGCAGUUUAGGGACCGUUGCUUAAUAAGUCUGAUGUGGUCUUUCAAGAAUGAUGAGGACCAUAAGUAUCUAAUAUGUGUUGAGCUUGAUUUAUUUUUAUGCGAGCCGAAGCAUGCGAGAGUUAAAAGACCAAAGAUUAACGGUUUAAGAAGCUUGAAUGAUGUUGGGAAUCAUUUUGAGAGCCUAGUAUCACUCGGCUCUGGCACUUAUGUUGGGAGAUAG